AUGGUAAUAUCCUUUGACGAGGAGGAUAGACAAGGAGUGCUAUACCCACAUGAUGACGCUUUAGUGAUCACCCUCGUAAUAGCCAACUACACUACCAGGCAGGUGCUAGUUGACAAUGGGAGCUUUGCCAAUAUAUUAUUCUGGGAGGCAUUCGUCAAGAUAGGCAUCGAUGUUGACAAGUUAAGGCUCUCCCCAACACCAUUAAAGGGUUUCUCAGGAGAUACCAUCCAACCCAUAGAGGCCAUCACCCUCCCCGUAACAGUAGGAACUGGAACUCGGACAACAACCACAAUGACUGUUUUCUUAGUAGUAAAAGCUCCCUCUUCUUACAACGCUAUAUUGGGAAGAUCAACACUUAACCACCUUAGGGCGGUAACAUCCAACUACCAUCUCAAGAUGAAGUUCCCAACCAAUGGUGGGGUAGGUGAGGCAAGAGGUGAACAGGCCCUAGCAUGGGAAUGCUACAUACAAGAAUUGCGAAAGGUCAAAAACGAGGUUUGCGUUGUGGCAAAUGAAGCCUCACCACCCCACCCGCCACCUAAGGCGAUGGUUCGAAGAAGACAUAGAGGUCAGGGAUGA